CCAGAAAAUUUAAAAUUAGCGCAAGCUCCUAUACUCAAUCCCGAGAUUAAGGUGGCGUGUAAUGAUAAUGUUUUAAAACGGGAUAAUAUUCUAAGUGACAAGCAAAAGUUGCUCUCGACUAUUAUAACAGGAGUUGCCAAUACAUUGUCGAAUAUCUUGACAACAGAUUCAACUUUAGACAACAACAAACAGGGGAUCAUAAAGUCACUGAGCGAUACAGGUAGACUAUUAUGUCACUUACAUUUUUCAGAGACUCAGAGCAGGCGUAAUUUCUUGGUGCCUAGUUUAAAUAAGGAGAUCAAGGAUAAUAUUAAGGACUUAAAGCGCGAUAGUUUGCUUUUUGGUAAAGACUUACAAGAAAGUCUGAAGUCAAUAAAAGCAAUGACUAAAACCGGAGCAGAAUUGAGACCGACUGUCACAAAGCCUAAAUGGACGCCCAAGCACCAACAGGCAGGAGCAGGACCGUCGACAUCGAGGGCUUUAAACUGGAGGGGGCAGCCGUCGUCGGCGUCGCGGCCGCCGCCUCGCCAGAGUCGCCAGACGCCAGCGAGGACGAGCUACACGCGUGGCGGGCGCAGACCGCCGCCGCCGUCCCGCCGCGCGAGCGACCGCCGAGCGCCGCCGCCGCGGCCGCACACCCGGACCUCGCGCCGCUAGCAUCGGAUGCUGAUACACAACCUCAGGCUGUGUCGAACACAAGCUGCACAGGAGCCUUACCCUGGUUGCCGGAGUGUUGUCCGGGCGGCGUUCAUGAGGCAAGGCACUCCUGCAGAAGCGGCAGACAUCAUGCUAGCGUCACUUACAGAAACCACACUUAAGCAAUAUAAUUGUUAUUUAAAGAAAUGGUAUAUAUUUUGUAAGGAAAAAUGUUAUGAUAUUUUUGAUGUCGGCGUAGCAGAAGUAUUAGAUUAUUUCACAUUACUUUUUAAUCAAGGUUGUCAAUUUGGAUCAAUUAAUACUGCGAAAGCAGUUUUGUCAUUAAUAUUGAAUAAUAAUGUUAUAAAUAAUCCAACUGUGAAACGUUUUAUGACGGGAGUAUACAAACUGCGG